UAGGGGAGGCCGGAGCCCUUUGUGUAUGCGAAAGCGGGGAUGCUGCCCACCGCCUCCCGGAGCUUCUCGCCCAAUUGCCCCCCCUUCGGUGCAUCUGAAAAAUGUGGCAGUAGAAGUCAAAAGUGAACAGGAGAAGGAGAUUUUAAGGAAUAGUCAAGAUGGGCAUGAGGAUCAAACUUCAUAGCACUGACCAUCCGAAUAACUUGUUGAAGGAACUUAACAAAUCUCGAUUGACAGAGUCUAUGUGUGACGUCACCAUUGUUGUGGGUAGCUGUUCGUUCCCUGCACACAAAGCAGUGCUGGCAUGUGCAGCAGGCUAUUUCCAGAAUCUUUUCCUGAAUACAGGAUUGGAUGCUGCCCGCACUUAUGUAGUGGAUUUCAUUACUCCGGCCAACUUUGAAAAGAUUCUGAAUUUUGUUUAUACAUCAGAGCUCUUCACGGACCUUAUAAAUGUGGGUGUCAUUUAUGAGGUUGCUGAAAAAUUGGGCAUGGAUGAUUUGCUGAAGGCUUGCCAUUCUACCUUCCCAGAUUUGGAAAACUCAGCUGUCACUAAACAGCCUUCUGCCUCAAAUGAAAGCCGGCCUAGUGGUGCUUUAGCUGAACCAAACCAUUCUCUAGGUGAAAGUCGAAAUAGUGGGGAACAGCUGGGAUCAGAGCGAAAUUGCAAUAUGCAUGGUGAAGCAGCCACUGGCUACAAAGAAGAUCCUACCAAUGAAGCUACUCACACUUUAAUACAUCCACAGACUCCCAAAGCUGAAGAGCAAGAACCAACAGGACCAUUUACUGGUGCCAUGAGUAUAAUGACCCAGGGUGGUCUCGGUAAUAUUAGCAUGGCUGUUCAAACCCCUGUGAACUCUUGUCAGCAGUAUAAGGUCCAGAGCAAUGGGGAUUAUAACAAAAGUAAUCUUUUUGCCUCCGAUGUCUCCUUAGAUAUAUCAACAAGUAGCAAUUCCUGCCCCAGCAAUAGUGACCAUUCCAAAGAUCACGGUUUUGGGCCGAUGGAUGAAUUGCAGCUGGAGGACUUGGGGGAAGAAGAUCUGCACUUUGAAGAUCCCAGUGAAGAGCUGGGUGCUGCAGAGGAAGUGAUAGAGCUGAGCGAUGAUAGCGAGGAAGAGCUAUCCUUCGAGAACGACAGCCGGGAAAACAAGGCCAUGCCGUGUCAAGUGUGCAAAAAGGUUUUGGAGCCCAACAUUCAGUUGAUCCGUCAGCAUGCUAGGGAUCAUGUAGACCUUCUGACCGGCAAUUGCAAGGUUUGUGAGACCCAUUUCCAAGACAGGAACUCUAGAGUCACUCAUGUCCUGUCACACAUUGGGAUAUUCCUUUUUUCCUGUGAUAUGUGUGAGACUAAGUUUUUCACCCAGUGGCAGCUGAAUCUUCAUCGCCGAGAAGGGGUGUUUGACAACAAUAUUAUUGUCCAUCCCAGUGACCCUCUGAUAGGAAAGGUCAAUUUGUUCAAUGGGGAUUUAGCAUGUGCUGCCUGUAGGAAACCACUGGCCAAAGAUUUUCAUGUGGUUCGUGGCCACAUCUUGGACCAUGUGAAUGUGAAAGGCCAAAUAUGUGGUAUAUGUGACCAGCAACAUCUCAAUCUCUGCAGCUUGAUGUGGCACACACUUUCCCACUUGGGAAUUUCUGUCUUUUCUUGCUCUAUCUGUGCCAGUAGUUUUGUGGAUAGACAUCUUUUGGAGAAGCAUGUGGCUGUCCAUCAAAGUAUGGAAGAAGCUCUCUUCCGGUGUCAUUACUGCGGUCAGGCUUUCAAACUUGAAGCUGCGUAUCGCUACCAUGUUAGUCAGCACAAGUGUAACUCUACCUUGGACCUCGUCCGGCCGAACUUUGGUGACCGUCUUCAUCAGCAAGCAUUGCAAAAGCGGAAGCUGACGGAGAAGUUCCUAAAUGAGGACGUGGCUCUCCAGAACCAACCUGGGAAUAGUAAAUAUAGCUGUAAGGUUUGUGGGAAAAGAUUUGCUCAUACCAGUGAAUUCAACUAUCAUCGGCGGAUCCACACAGGGGAGAAGCCCUAUCAGUGCAAAGUGUGCUACAAGUUCUUCCGUGGACGUUCUACCAUAAAGUGUCAUCUGAAGACACAUUCUGGGGCUCUCAUGUACCGGUGCACCGUUUGUGGCCACUACAGUUCCACCCUUAACCUUAUGAGCAAGCAUAUAGGUGUGCACAAAGGGAGCCUCCCACCAGACUUUACCAUUGAGCAAACUUUCAUGUACAUCAUCCAUUCCAAAGAUGCAGAAAAAAACUCAGAGAGCUGAUGCAGCUAUACUGGGGAAGUAAACACUACUUGAGAUAGCAGUGAAACUUGUUUCAGAAUUUUUUAAAAAUUACUUUUAAUGGUCUGUAUACUUUUAUUUUCUUACAUUUCUUGUAGAAUUUUCCUUAAAAUCACUGUCCUGUGAAACAAUAUCACAUUAG